UCAAACCCCGCGAUUGUUGUGCUACAACCUACUGUAACUCGGUGUCACAUCCGCACUUCAGGAACAAAUUCAACGAGCUGCACUCUGAGCAAAAAAACUGAUUGCGCUGUUAUACUCACUUCAACCUCUUAUUGUUUCUUGUACAAGCCUAUCGUAUGAACACCGAAUGGCUAAUGAAAUUAAGAAUGAGUCGAAAGCGCCACCAGCUUAUGGCGAAGAAGCUGCCGCCCAAUACGGCUCAAAAUCUCCUCCGUACCAUAACUGGCAGGAGGCUGUACCUGAUACCGCUACUUUACCACCACCGCCAGCAUUAGGCUUCUUAUCGUCGAGAAACGGGAAUGCCUCUGGGGAUGAUGCAGAACGUGCACAUGAAUUUUGUGACAAGUUUCCUCUAAAUCUGCCUAUUAAGCCAUCAGCCACUGUGUAUACGUCUGUACAAGAGCAUGAUCUCCGUCCUGUGCUGCCAAAAGAAUUUCAUGGUACCUUUGCCUUUGUUUCUCAGGGCUGCUGGAAGGGAUCUACCAGGGCUAGAAAUGGUGAUACUUUGAUAUCAACAAAUCUUCCACUCUAUUUUCCCACUUUGGAGUCACCUUUCGUCACCAAGAAGGAUAAAACUAUAUACUUCGAAGUCAAACUGCUCGGGCUCUGCGAAGGGCCGGGGCCGGGAGCAGUAUCUACUGAUUCCAGUGGGUUCUCUAUUGGGUUUAUAGCGCAUCCGUAUCCGUAUUGGCGGUCUCCCGGCUGGGAGAGAGGAAGCAUUGGCGUAUUCUCUGACGAUGGAUGUCGUUUUGUCAAUGAUUCAUGGGGCGGUAGAGAGUUCACAAGUGCAUUCGCUGUGGGUGAGACUGUGGGCUUGGGAAUGACGUUUCGUCGCCCUGGCAACUCAAGCACAAAUUUGGAAAGCAAAAUUAAGAAGUGUAGAGUUGACAUCUUCUUUACUCGAAAUGGUUGCCUGGUAGGAGGCUGGGACCUUCACGAAGAAGUUGAUGAAGACGCUGGAAGCAUCGAGGGAUUAGAGGGAGACUUCGAUCUUUACGGUGCGAUUGGGUUGUUUGGAGGUGUAGACUUCGAGGUAUGCUUUAACCAGGCAGGUUGGUUAUGGAAGAUAUAGUUCUGCUAAAGCUGUUAUCGCCUACAUCGUCCUGCAAGAGAAAUAUAGUGAUAAAUUAACGAAUUUAGCUUAAUAUAACCGGCAGUCCUAUUUG